CAUGUAGUAUGGGGGGAUUGUCGGCGGCGGGCAUGUGGCUUUGAUCUUCUGCAUUCAAACUUUUCAAAUCGCCAUCAUCGUUUUUGUUCCUUUCAACUGUUGUUUUCAGUCGAGAUAGCCUUUGUGUGAAACCGCAAUGCAAAGGUAAGCUCUAUCUGUUAUCCUCCUAUGGAGCUUGCCAUAUGCCUAUGUAUAUAGUGAUACGACCCAGUAAGUAGCAAACCGCGUUCCAACCUAGUGAGACGGCGUCAGCACCACCACCUCUACAUUUCUAGUGUAAUUCGUUUACUCUGUUUAUUAAAUGUGUGAUGAAGUUUAUUACCAUGGAUUUACGUACAUCGCCAUAGAAAAACAUGAUAUUGAAAAGGAUUUAUUUACGUGGUAAAGUUAAAUGUCUACUUUUAGAUAUUAUUUUCGGAAUCCCCAGCUAAAAAUAGGACUAGGGGAGUAGAUCUACCUUGCAAAAUAAAGGCUAACAUAACAAUGAUAGACAUUAGUUUAAGUUCACAAGUUAUUCUCGUUCAGUAGUGCGCUGUGGAUUAUAGACCGAGUUCAAAAGGACACAUUUCGCCUUCAACUCUUCUCCUGACAUACAAGUUGUUUUAUAGUUAUAUACAUGGAUGAUGUAAACACAGAUUAUCAGAACCAUAGCAUCUUGUGGUCAGUGAUUGACCUCACACCCUUGUGAGGAUGACCAGCAAGAAGGUGUUUGAAUUUCUGAAUGAUUCAGGUGGAAACAACUUUACUGAAUCGGCACCUCGACCGCCCGUUCCUGGAGAAGAAAAUGAGCUCCAUUCAAACGGUGGAAUGUCAACCCGUAGUAGUGGCUCUCACAAGAGCCAAGUUUCAAGCAAAAGCCAGUCAUCUGGUAAAAGUAUGUCGUCCAGCAAAGGAGAGAUGACACAUUCUCCUGCAGCAACGCCUCGCAAAUCAAAUUUGGAUAAAACUGGAGGUUCACUUAGUUGUUCUACCCAAGGACUGUUCAGUGAUGAUAUGGACGCUCCUCUUGGGUUUGAACCAGAAGGAAGUGCUGCAAGUUCACCGCCCUUUACCGAAAAUAGUACACCCCCACAUUUAAAGUGGGCAGAAACACUGCAUCAUUUACUCAGUGAUAGCGAUGGUGUUGAAUUAUUUAAGGAAUAUUUAGAAAAAGAAAGUGGAGGGUGUUACGAAGUGGAUUUUUGGUUUGCUUGUGAAGGAUUAAGACAAAAAGAUGAACAACAGUUACCAAGUGUAAUAAAAGUGAUAUAUAAAAAAUUUGUGCGUCAUGAUAAAAUAAAGUGUAUUGAUAAAGACACACGACAGGGAAUAACAGACAAAAUAAAUCGAAAGGAACAAAUGGAUAGAACUAUUUUCGAUUCUGCACAAGCUGAAGUUGAAGGUUAUAUGAAAGGUGUGACAUACCCUGCAUUUUUAAACUCCGAUUUCUAUGUGCAAUAUGUGCAGAACUAUGGCGAUAGUCCUAAAUCAAGCCGCUCUAGUGGUUCAAAUAGUGCUAGGCCUGUAUCCCAAGCGGGACUCCUACCGGCCCUUAUUGAAGACAAAGAAUUAGAAAGUGACCAAUUAAAUUAUGGUUCUGUAUCUAGUGUUUUGAAUAAAUCACAUGGUCAUAAUUUUCAAAGACCAGAAUUACCUGGUGCUAGAAGAACAGAAACUCUUACUGGGUGCUCCCGAUAUACCUCACGAAUGUUAAAUUCUGCUUACCCAGCCCAUGUUUCCUAUGCCCCUGUAUCUACUGUGGAUAGUGAAUUACAGAGUUUGUCCAGUGAUGCCUUAACUGAUGAUACUAUAUCAUUAACUGAUAGUUCUGUAGAUGGUUUGUCCAAUAGAAGCUGGAAGCGAAGUAGAAAGUCUAUGAAAAAUCAAGCUCAGGUUAAUAGAGAAACAAGUGCUGGUCUCCAUUCACACAUUAUACCUCGAACGGAAAGGGCACCAAAAGAUAGAAAUAUAGCAGAAACUGAUCCAAAGAAAUUUGCCAGUCUGGUCAUUGAAAAAUUAAAACGGGUAUAUGAAGAACAAGAAAUUGGAAUAAAAAUGGAAGAGAAAUUAAAAUGUUUAGAGUAUGAUAAAGCUGAAGAGGAAAAAAUGUCCUCCUCAAUGGUAAAAAAUACAACAGCGUCUUUCAAUAUACCAUUCAUACCUUCAAACUCUGUGAUAGAAGAUGAAACUGCUGAAAGUAUUUUAGAUCAACAUUGUAGUAGAAUUUGGGCAAGUUCAAGUCAUCAUACGCCUAGUGGACAUUCACCUCCUAAUAAAUCCCCAACAUUAGCACGUAAAAAAUUCAAUCAGUCCUUACCGGCCACAGGAACUGGAUCCAGUGCCAUACAUUCACGUAGUUUACAACAUCGCAAACGUGAUUGUCUUUCGUCAUUAUCGUGUGAUAGUGGUGUAGGAGAUGAAAAAUCAGGAAAAGAGACACAUAAACACAUUCAUCAUCAUCAUCACCAUCAUCAUCAACCACGGACAUCUAAAACGCGGAUGGAAAAAGAAGCCCAACAUGCGAGUAUGUCAUGUUGGACUGAUGUGCUUGGACAGGGUAAUCGUAGUGUUACGAGUAAAAAGAAAGCCAGCAAAUGUGUUAAAUCGUCUGAUAGUAGCAGUUAUAUUGAUAGUGGAAUUAGUACUGUGUAUGAUAAAGAAUCCCUACCUCCAAUGCCUAAUUUAAUGGAUCCUACAAGUUCCAAGGUUCUUUCUUGGAUGUUGGAGAGUGAUCGUGUUGCAGAACCAUCAAGUGGCUAUCAAGAUUCCGAUAAAAGUUCCAGUAAUCGCAAAUCACAUGCAGCUCGGCUUAACCAUUCAGCCAGUGCUUCUUUACCAUCCCAUAAGCAAGGAUCUAAGAAAGUCUGUGGCACACAUACAAAUAGCCGUUCUACGUCUGUGGAAAGAAGUGGUAACACAUUACAGUCUUGGGUACCACCAAGUCAAGUUAUGCCCAGUCAACCUUUUGCACAGGAUACUAUGAUGCCAUUGCCGCCACAUCCUAACACCCGUACUCAGCUAGAAGAGGCAAAAAGAAGGCUGGAAGAUUAUCCUGGUUCACCAAUCAAGUCAAAAUCUUUCACUGGUGUGUCAAAGGGCCAUACAAUGCAGUCUUGCUCGUCUCAGGUGCGGACAAUGCCAUCGGCUAAAACUGUACCAUCCGAUCUUGACAGAUCAGGAAGUCAAACCUUAGAUCGAUCAGUGCUAUCUAAUAAAUCAAACAAUGCCAACGUAUCUACCUCAUCAUCGAAUACCACUGUAAUUGGAAUAUAUUUCGGAACAGAACCUAUACCAUAUCGUCAUACUUUACCAGGACGUAAUAUAACAUUAGGCCAAUUCAAAACUCUUAUAACAAAGAAAGGAAACUUUAAAUAUUUCUUCAAGACUGAUAGUGAUGAGUUUGGUGGGGAAGGUGCUGUCUUUGAACAAAUAAGUGAUGAUAAUGCCGUCUUACCAAUGUGGGAAAACAAAAUAGUUGCUAAAGUCGACAAGAUUGAAUAAGAUGGUCAUUUGAAGUGAUUAAACGGGAUAUUAUUUUAUCAUAAACGUCCUUAGAAUAGGCAACAUUCUUAAACUUUUCUUUCGAUGCCAUAUGUAAGAAUGUUAACUGCAAUAUUCUACUGAUGUUAAAGAUAAUUAAAUUUAAUCCCCGUAUUUGUUCAAGAACAGAAAAUGUUGUGCAUCAAAUAUCAGAGUAAUCAAAGACAAAAUGUUGUGAAUGCCAAAAACUAGUUUACAUUAAUGUUAAUUAAGUAUAUAUAUUAUAAAUAAUAGUAUAUAUAUAUAUAUAAUGUAUUUGUAUAUGACAAAUGGCAAGAGGCAUGGCCAUUUUCUUUGUAUAAACAUGUAUAUAAUGGAUGAUAAUUAAAACCAAUAAUUUUAUUGACUCAGGGGAAGACUCGCUGUCAGUGAGUACUAUGUUUUAUGUGGUGUUGACAUGUUUUAAAUAUGGCAAUGGUCAUGCAUUAUAUGAACGAACGGGUGAUACCAUAGGGUACAAUCCUUUAUUUCAGUUUCAUGAAUUUAAGCAUAUCAAACAAAACCAAUCUGUUUAAACACUAAACAGUGUCAUAGAUUUUCAUAUAAAUUACUUCAGCAAUUUCUCAUUAAUCUGCAUGACAUUAAUGAAUUGAUUGCUACAAUAUUUUUGUUUUAAAUCAAAUAUAUUACAAAAUCUAUUUGAGUGCUUUAUCUCUUUUAUUGUCUCCUUUUUUUAUAAGAGCAAAAUUUUAUUCAACAAAUCAAAUUUAUUUAUUUUUAAUACAAUUAAAUGUUUUGUUUGACUAUUUUGAUCAAAUGAAAUUUCGGAAUGUGAAAAAUUGCUUUUUUAAAAUUCAAAACCAUUUUGGCAAGAGGCAUUUAAUAUUAAAUUAAUACAUUUACAGACAUAAGAUCAAAAUAUGCAAUAAUUUAAAGAAAAAAAAUGCAAGAACAGUAUUAAUGUAUGAUUAUUAUAUUGUGCCUUUAUCAGUGCAACCUGUAAUUUUCCAUGCUGUGAUAAGCUAUCUAGAAAAUGAACAAAAAGCACAAAGUGAAUUUUUUUUCCUGAUCAAAUGAGAAACUUUAUAUUUCCUUUUAAUUUAUGUGUAAAUUUAAAUUCAAACUUAUAUAUUAUCUUUGUACACUGUUAUGUUUUAUUUGUGAAUUGUGAGCAUUUUGCAUGUCCUCUUUGUAAACUAAACCUUAUAAUUAAAAUACCAAAGUAUAAUUACAUGUAUAAUGUUGUUUCUAUAGAGAAAUAACUGUAUAUAUAAAUAUACAAAUAUAUCAGUCUUCAAUAUUUAACAUCAAGACAAAUAGCCUUCAUCAGACAUUGUAAAUUGUAACUUAUUCAUAACAUGUCAUAGGUAAAAUGAAUAAAGUUUGUAU